AUGAUCCCUGCUGUGCCCAACUUGGGUGGCGCCGAACCAUGUGUCCCGAAGAAGCCCAGCUGGGAUUUGAACAAAGCUCCGAAGCAUCCAUUUUUAAUCCUGGUUUCUGGGGCCCACCGAGAUUUUUACGGGCGUCUGGUGAAAUCCUACCAGUUGAAGAAGAAGGAAGAAGACGAACUGCAGUGA